CCUCGAUUCAGCAUCCAGGUGCAGGUGAAAGCCCUCUGCCGCCUGCAGGCUGUUCCAUACAAGCCCUAUCUCUGUACACAAUUCCGUAUUGCCUACGACAUCUAUCUCGACAUUCUAUAUCGCGUCAACAGCCUCAUCAACACAGCGCUUGGGCACGACCUCCCGGAUUGGCGCAUGCGGCAUGCCUGUGCACCCUGCCUCUAUGUGCUCGAGGGCGAAGAUCCAUUGACCCCAGCUCUCCUCGCCACCAUGGACGGUAACCAGUCCCUCAAGCUCGUCGAUGACGCAUUCCGCCCUGGCACAACACGUGAGGAUCCCCGCACCGCGCGCACAGACCUCUGGCUAUCCCCAGAGGAGGUUGACGUCUACAAGGAUGAUGUCCAUUCGAGCCGAGUACGUUGA